AUGUCGUCAAGUUCAGAUAUAAAGAAAUCUCCUCCUUUAGACUAUCCAAUGGAUGAUUUAGAUCCUAAAACUGAUUCAUCAGAUUUAGCAAAUUUUGAAACUUAUCAAAAACCAUCACCAAAAAAUUUAACAAAAUGGGAAGAAUUUAAAGAUUCUUUUAAAAGAAAAGAAGAUGAAUCUUCAAUAGCUCAUUUAGUAAAUGAUACUGAAUCUCAAACAACAAAUAAAGGUGCUCAAGUCAAGAAAAAAUUGAAAACUCGUCAUGUUGCCAUGAUUGCCGUUGCUGGUGGAUGUGGUACAGGGUUAUUAGUUGGUAAUGGUGGUGCAUUAGCAAAAGGUGGCCCAGCUGGUUUAAUUGUUUCAUAUAUCAUCAUUGGUACCAUGAUGUUUUCUACAAUGUGGGCUGCUGGUGAAUUAUCAGUCGCUUAUUCAACUUUAACUGGUAAUUAUAAUGCUUAUUGUGCAAAAUUAGUUGAUCCUUCAUUGGGGUUUGCAGUUGCUUGGAAUUAUGCUAUAAAUUGGUUUACUGUUUUACCUUUGGAAUUAGUUACUGCUUCAAUGACAAUUAAAUUUUGGAAUGAUUCUGUUAAUGCUGAUAUUUUCGUUGCGAUUUUUUAUGUUUUAAUUGUUGUUGUGAAUUUUGUUGGUGCUAAAGGUUAUGCCGAAGCUGAAUUUAUUCUUAAUACUUUUAAAGUUUCAAUGAUUUUAGGUUUCAUCAUCUUGGGUUUAAUCAUUGAUACUAAUACAGGUGGUCAUAUUCAUAAUCAAGGUUACAUUGGUGGUAAAUACUGGAGUAACCCAGGUGCAUUUGCCAAUGGGUUCAAAGGUGUUUGUGCAACUUUUGUUACUUCAGCUUUUUCUUUAGGUGGUACUGAAUUCGCUGUUCUUUCAGCUUCAUUAAUGAAAAAUCCAAGAAAAUCAAUUACAACUGCUAUGAAGAUUAUCUUUUAUAGAAUUUUAAUCGUUUAUUUCGUCUCAAUUAUUGUUGUUGGUUUAUUAGUUCCAUAUGACUCAAAUGAAUUAAUGGGUUCAUCAGAUGCAACAGGUGCUCCAGUCUCUCCAUACGUCAUUGCUAUCCAAACAUAUGGUAUUAAAAUUGUUCCUCAUAUGAUCAAUGCUGUUAUUUUAUUAGCUGUGCUAUCUGUUGGUAAUUCAGCUUUAUAUUCAUCUGCUCGUACAUUCUAUUCAUUAGCUCAACAAGGUUUUGCUCCAAAAUGGUUUGAUUUCGUUGAUAAGAAUGAAAGACCAUUAAGAGCUAUGAUGGUUUCAAGUAUUGUUGGUUUGUUCUGUUUUAUUGCAGCUUAUGAAAAUCAAUCCAACAUUUUCACUUGGUUAUUAUCAAUUUCUGGUUUGUCUGGUAUCUUUACAUGGACAACAAUCUGUAUGAGUCAUAUCCGUUUCAGAGCAGGUAUGAAAGCUCAAGGUUUCAGUCUUAAUGAAUUAGGUUUUGUUUGUAAAGGUGGUAUCUGGACUUCAUAUUAUGCUAUGAUUGUUAAUAUCUUAAUUAUUGUUGCACAAUUUUGGGUUGCAUUAUUCCCAAUUGGUAAAGAUGGUAAAACGGAUAUCGUCAACUUUUUCCAAAAUUAUUUAGGUGUUGUUGUGUUAUUCUUCUUUUAUUUUGGUCAUAAAAUUUAUACCAAGAAUUGGAUUUUAUUUAUCCCUGCAUCAGAAAUUGAUUUGGUUAAAGACAGAACCGUCUUUGAUCAAGAUAUAAUAAAACAAGAAGAUUUAGAAUUAGAAGAACAAAUGAAAGGUAAUCCAAUGAAGAAGAUUUUGAACAUACUUUUCUAA